AUGCCGCCGCCCCAUCACCUCCGUGCCACGCCUUUUCCCCGUCAGCCGCCUCCCGAAACGCGCCCCUACGCCCGUGCCACGCCGUCCCAGCGCCCACCCUCGCCCCCGCCCGUCCCAGCGCCCACCCUCGCCCCCGCCCCGUCCCAGCGCCCACCCUCGCCCCCGCCCGUCCCAGCGCCCACCCUCGCCCCCGCCCCGUCCCAGCGCCCAUCCUCGCCCCCGCCCACCGAUCUCCCAGUGCAACCACAACGCCGCCAACAUGAAGCAUUAAAACCAGCAAUACGCCAUGCAAGAGAUAAAGGGCCUGCGGGGACGUGCAUAUUUACCUCGGCGAAAUUGUUAAGCAACUUGAAGAUGAGUUAA